AUGGCAUCCGAGAUCACAGAGCGGCCCCAGCCCGGCCAGAAGACGGCACUCAUCACGGGCGCUGGCGUCGGCGGCAUCGGCGGCGCGCUCGCCAUGGAGCUGCACAGACAGGGCUACUUUGUCUUUUGCGCUGUGCGCCGCCCGGACAGCAUCGCGGAGCUGCUGAGGCCCGGCAUAGUGGUUGUCAAGCUCGAGGUCACGGAGACAACGUCGGUCGAGGCCGCCGCGGCGCAGGUCGCCGCCGUCACGGGCGGCACGCUGGACGUGCUCGUCAACAACGCCGGCGUCGUCAAGCACCGCCCGGCGCUGGACUCGGACAUUGAUGGCGACGUCCGCCACGUCUUUGACGUCAACGUCCUGGGGCCGAUGCGCGUCGUUAAGGCCUUUGGGAAGCAGCUCAUCGCCGCGAAGGGCUGCAUAGUCAACAUAGGCAGCAUCGCGCCAAUUGUGCCCCUGGCCUUUUCCACGUCGUACAAUGCCACAAAGGCGGCGAUUCAUGCGUACGGCGAUACUCUGAGCAUGGAAAUGAAGCCCUUUGGUGUCGACGUCGUGACCGUCAUCACGGGCGGUGUCAAGAGCAACAUCGUUCGCGGGAACCCAAGCCUCCCGACGGACUCGCUGUACAUGGCCAUCGAAAAGUUCUGGCGCCAUCGCACGCAAAUGUCCAAUGGCGACGACUCCAUGCCAACUGAUGUCUACGCGCGUACAGUUGUGCGCAUGAUUGACUCAAAGAAGCGACCACUUCGAUUCUGGGCAGGCGCCAAAAGCUCUCUGGCUUGGAUCCUUUACCACUUUGUGCCACUGCGCUUGCGUCUGUACAUGAUGGCAAAGCGAUUUGGUCUGCUCACACUCGUUUUGAAAAUCUCUUUUCUUCAGCUUCUUAUCUUGGGCAGUGUGGUAACGAUUGUCAAGAACAACGCGUGUCUUGCCUACAAUAGAAGUAUCACAGACGCCUAA